AAACCUGAUAGAAAUAAUUUGACAUAUCAAACAGCCUGUAGUCGUGGUUUUAGAUUUCUUAUUGCAGUUGUGGGUUGUAGCGACCGUGGUCCGUCACUGUAGUUGUCUUUUAGUUGGCGGUGAGUGCGUGUUUCGUCCUAUUCUCGUUCAAAGUAGAAAGGCUCAAGUGAAUUCUAAUCCUGUCUUAUUUAGCAAGUACAUUCGUCUUUGACAAGUUGCACCUUUUAUUAAAAUAGUUGUAAGUGGUGUAUAGCCGGUUUGGUGGUUGAUGAGGUUGUUGACUGGAUAAUAGUGUUUUAUUCGUAUAUGUGUGCGAAGUGAUAUUUAAAUAAAUAAAAAACUGGGGUCGUGUAUUGAACGUACUAAGGAUAUGGCAGAAAGUAAAGGAUCAUUGCUGGCUAAAUCUGUCCAGAAGCAUGCCGGAAGGGCCAAGGAAAAGAUUCUACAAAAUUUGGGAAAGGUUGAUAGGACUGCUGACGACAUUUUUGAUGAACAUUUGCAGAAUUUUAAUCGGCAACAAUUGGCAGCGAAUAAAUUACAGAAAGAGUUCAACAACUACAUAAGGUGUAUAAGAGCGGCACAAUUGGCGUCCAAGUCGUUGAUGGAAACUAUUUCGGAAAUUUACGAAAGCCAGUGGUCCGGACAUGACCAGCUUUACGUUCAGUGCCAAUCGGUCGACAUGCUCUGGCAGGAUUUCAGUCACAAACUGGGCGAGCAAGUUCUCCUUCCGUUAAACACAUAUCAAAGUCAAUUUUUGGAAAUGAGGAAAAAGAUAGAUAAAAGAGGCAGGAAGCUGGUAGACUAUGACAGCCAAAGGCACAACUUCCAGUCUUUACAAACAAGCAUGGCGAAAAAAAGGGACGAUACGAAACUAUCAAAAGGACGUGAGCAACUUGAAGAAGCGAAAAGGACCUACGAAAUGUUAAAUUCGGAAUUACACGACGAACUGCCCGCACUUUACGAUUCCAGAAUACUCUUCCUCGUCACGAAUUUACAGUCUCUAUUCAGUGCCGAAGAAAAUUUCCAUUCAGAGUGUUCCAAGAUUUACGCCGAACUAGAAGCCAUAGUAGACAAACUAGCCACCGACAGUCAGAGGGGUUCGUAUAACAUUAAAAAGAGCAAUGGAUCAACGUUACCAUCUCUCAAACCGAUCAGCACAUCAAAUGCGGUUAUAAACAAUGUUACACCGCAACUGAACUACAGAAAUGUCCCUUCCGAGCAUGCCGCAACCCUCCCGACUAAUAACAAUGCUAAAUCCGAGCCGAAAGCAGUCGAAUUGAAUAACGACUCGAAAGUCGACACCCCUACUAAGCUAAGCAGUCGCCCCUCACACGAUUCCGCCUUUAUCUCGAACGCCAACUCGACUUCCCAGCCGAGUACUCCUACAUCCCCUCCUCCUGCUUCGCCCCCGACCACGCCCACUCCCCCCACUGCGCCCGAUAACAAACCCCAGAUGAAUGGGAACAGUUCGGACGAUUCGUCACUGCCUCCCCUUCCCACCACCGCACAACCGUCCGUAACUACCAGUAAUAAUCAGACUGACGGGGUGGAUACUAAGGCCCCACCCGUUGUUACUAACGACAACGGUAUAACCAGCAGUCCCCAAAAGAAGGUAGAAGAACUUUACGACAUACCAGUAGGUGCCAGCACGGACAACUUACCGCCAGGUGUUCUUUAUAAAGUGAAGGCCACUUACAAAUAUAACAGGGAAGACGUGGACGAGUUGACCUUUGAUGUUGGCGAAAUUAUUCAAGUGGUUGAGUAUGACGAUCCAGAGGAACAGGAAGAAGGCUGGUUAAUGGGCAUCAAAGAGAGUACCGGAGAAAAGGGAAUGUUUCCAGCCAACUUCACAAAACCGAUUUAACUGCAUUCUGAAGUCACUGAUUAGAUCUGUCGAAUUACGAAUGCAAAAUUAGUAUACAUAACGUAUUAUGUUAAAACAAA